AUGCGUUUCUUCGGCAGUCACAACAGGAAUAAGGGACUCUUCUCGGAAGGCAGAGACAUCAUGUCUUACCAGCAAGCAAAAGACGAGGAACAGAAGCGGAGAAGAGAAGCGAAUCUCGAGGUUGAUACAGAUACUCACGUUGAUUUGUGGCUUCUCUGUCAUCCGGAUAACGAUGUGGCAAUCGCUCUAUUCAACACAAUGCUUCGUUUGACAGAACAGCUCGACUUGGACGUCAGUCAUGAUGAUGUGGUCGCCUGGUUGGCUACAGCGAUUCGAUGCCAUCCUUCUAAUCUAGUACCACGUGGAGAAGCUGUUACGAUUCGCGACAAACCUACAUUGCCAGCAGACCCACGUGGAGGUGACUGGAACUCUGGAGUUGGUAUCACACAAGUUUGUCUUCUGAUGCAGUAUCUCGGAAAGUGUUCUCUGAAUAAGCUGACUCUUGAUGAGAGGGCUAAUGUGCUUUUCGCUGUCCUUCGCAUUUUCGGGGAUUCUGAUGAAGUUGCUGAUUCACCACAUGCUCAACAUUUUGUUCGUCAUCUCUAUACAGUAGAUGCUACCCAAAGAACUGAACUCAUUGAUGCCCUCGCUUCGAUCUUCUUCCAGCUCUCCAACGACGUAGCUACUAUGGCGGACGCUGUUCGGACGAUGUGGAAAAUAACGGAAGACGAACCUCUUGUGAUGAGACUGACUGUUGAGAUUCUGAUGUGUCUGUGUCAGAGGUCAGAAGUUGUCAACAACCUUCCAGAUUUUAAGAUGGGAGACCAAAUGUACUGUAAACAAGUCAAGAUGAUCAUUCUGGACUUGACGUCCGACGCUCACGAGCAAGUUCCAGAAUUGCAUCAAAAAGAUGAGCUGAGCAACUUGGUCAACGAGGUCUUCAAUUUGAAGAGAUCCACAUGA